UUGUAAAGGAGGCAGGCAAAGGGGAAUCACUGCAGAGGAGGAGGAGGAGGGGAAUUAACAGAGGAAUCCCCCAGAAUACAGAGACACAUCAGAAAGAUUGGACACAGGCAAUCCGGGGGAGGGGGGCACACACAGCAAGAUAACAAUAAGAAGAGGGCAGGGGGGUACAGACCGUCCGCAGAGGGCCCCCUACUUUGCACAAUGAGCUUUCAUAAGCCCCCGGUGGGGUUGCCAGAAGAUGCCAAGAUGAGGGGAUCCCCAAGAAAAGAUCAGGACUUGAGGGGCGCAGCCAUCCUGCACCAACAGAGGCGCCUCAAACAGGCCACCCAGUUUGUGCACAAGGAUUCUGCAGAUCUGCUACCGCUGGACCAGCUGCGGAGAUUGGGCACCUCCAAGGACCUGCAACCUCACAGUGUGAUCCAGAGACGUCUUCUUGGUGGGAGCCCUAUAAAAGAGACCAGCAGCUUAGUACCGUCCUUCCAUCUCUGUGACCUGGGAGUGCAAUCUACCAAUGAAUCAGCUAAAGUAGAAGAGAAGAUUGAUGAAGACUUCGAUACGGUCCAGGACCAGCCAACAGCUCCUGAUGCCUCUAAGGAGACUCCGGGGAGCUGGGUACAACGCAGCCUCCUGAUUAGUUGUAAGGUGUGUACGCAGGAUGUCUCUUGCAGGCUGUCUAUUGAAAGCUAUGAGAAUCUCAUCUCCAGGUCGUGCAUGCAUAGACUGGGGCUGCAGAGGUUAAGUGACCCACAGGGAAGGGUGCCGGUGGAUGUUGAAGUAGGAAACGAGAAACUGACAAGCAAUGCUGUAAUUGUUGAUGACGGCAGUGCAGAAUUCAGCAUCGGUCUGGACACAUUGGUAAAACUCAAGAGCUGCAUAGAUUUGGAGCAUGGUGUCCUGAAGACCCCUUCACAAGUCAUCCCAUUUCUGACUUUCUUCAAUCAUCCAGAGGCAGAGAAGACCGCCAUUAUCUCUGCCCCAAACCAGUGAGCGCUGAAGCACCACCCGCUGGCAGGGGAGCGAACAGCAAUGCUGGCCGAGAAGCACAAACAAGUACAGCCAUCCCUCUCCACACUGUGUUCAUGGACAAUUUUUCUGCAUGGCCUUACAAGGCAGGAAAAACCAACAGAAGAUAUGUUUGUAUGCAAAUGUGUGUUGUUAAAA